CCUGUGCAAAAAGAGACUCUCGUACGAAAAACUUUUGCGUUAAGACUUUAGAAAUAAAAGAAACUGGAAAUUGAAUCCCUAAAAAACCCGAAGGAAUUUGAGGAAGAGAAAUCGAGAUGAAGGAGCCGUUGCGUAAAACGAAAGUGGUGAUAAGGCAUCUACCACCGUCCGUCACCGAACCCUUUAUUAUUUCUCAAAUCGACGAUCGUUUCUCCGAUCGUUAUAAUUGGUUCUCUUUCCGUCUCGGCAAGUCCAGCCAUAAGCAACAGAGUUACUCCCGAGCCUACAUAAACUUCAAUAGGCCUGAAGAUGUCUUUGAGUUUGCUGAGUUCUUUGAUGGGCAUAUAUUUGUUAAUGAGAAGGGUACUCAAUUUAAGGCCGUUGUUGAAUAUGCUCCUUCACAGCGUGUACCAAAGUCCAGCUCUAAAAAGGAUGGUCGUGAAGGGACCAUUUUCAAAGAUCCUGAUUAUCUGGAAUUUCUCAAAUUGAUUGCAAAACCUGUUGAGAAUCUUCCCAGUGCUGAGAUUCAGUUGGAGAGAAAAGAAGCAGAACUAUCUGGUGCUCCAAAAGAAGCUCCUGUUGUUACACCACUAAUGGAAUUUGUGCGUCAGAAACGAGCUGCCAAGAGUGGAACUCAGGGGUCAAUCACUAUAAGAAAGGUUGGCAGAAAAAUAUCUGCUGUGUCUACAGGCAAGCCUGGAUCAAGUGGCAAGGGAUCUGAGAAGAAAAAGUAUAUUCAAAAAGACAGUGCAAAAGGUGGGAAAAAAUCCAAUUAUUUUGUAGCAUCCAAGCAAGAGGAUCAAUUAGUGACUUCUGUCGCGAAAGAAAUGAGAGAGAAUGGAACUGUCUGUGGCAUUGAUGGUCCUGUAACUGGAAUUACUUUUUCUGCUGAUUCUGGGAAGAAAAAGAUCCUUCUCCUAAAACCAAAAGAUCGAGAGGCACCUAAUGUGCCAGAGGGUGCAUCUGAACAGCAGGGUGCAUCAUCUCCUGUAGUAAAUUCACCUGGUUCAUCUGCUUCAAGACAGGGUCAAAGACGCAAGGCUGGUGGAAAGUUAAUAAGGAGCAUACUUUUGAGAAAUGAAGCGGGCCAAAAUCAAUCUUCAGCGGCAGUCCAGCCUCAGCAGAAAACUCAAAGUCCGGACACUGUCAAAAGACCUCCCCAGCCAACUAAUACACGAUCGGGUAUGAAUGGUCAUGUCCCUAAUGAAAUGCCUGCAUUGAAAUCUGAUGGUGAUACAAAAAGAGUUUCAGAUGAUAAGUUCAUCAAAAAGGGAUUGCAUGGUUCAGGUUCUGGAAGUGAGAAGCAUGAAAAACGUACAAGAAAUAAGGAUAGACCUGAUCGUGGUGUAUGGGCCCCUCUUCAUCGUUCUGAUGUUUCACAAUCCAGCGAGGAGCGUUUGAUACAAUCAGUGCAGGCCUCUCGAUCCAUGGAAGGUUCCAAUCGACAAUUCGGCCGGGGCCCUGCAGCCGAUGGAUCUGUCGUAUCAAGUGAGGUCAAGCCUUCAAAAAGAGGAGGUGCUACUAGCUCCGGAGCCCAUGAGAAACAAGUUUGGGUUCAGAAAUCAUCCUCUGGUUCUUAGAGAAUCUAUCUUAAACCGGGUUUUGCAUUGUGACCCUUUUGACCCAAUUUCGAGGUUCUUAUCUUCCGCCAUGCUGCAAUGACUUUUGCAUAUGCAACACAACCUAUUUGCCUUGUUGGGUUUGCAAUAGUUGUAUUCUCCACAGAAUAUGUUCUUGAUUAGUCCUUUACCUGGUACUAUAUUAAUCCUCUUAUUAGAUGACUGUCAAGAGCAAGCAUUGGCGAAGAAUCGGAUCGUCCGAAAUUUGGUGUGGUCCGAAAGAGAUGACUGACUGGAUCAAGAAUAUUGGUGAUAAAUCAGUGGUGUUGCUGGAAGGGGGAGAUUUUACUGGAUGGUCUUGUGGGUUUCUUUUUCUUUAGUGUUUUGUUGAAUGAUGCAGUGCAAAGUUUUUUGAAGUUUGCUUGAAUCAUAUUUGGUCUCGCUCUAUAUAUUUAUGAAAAAGAAGGUUGUAGCCUGGGAACUAAGAAAAAAAUCGUACUCCGAACACGAACUCUGAACUUGGUAUUGAAAGAUGUAGUGCAAAGCGUUUGUAAGUUUACAUGAAUAUCUUUUUAAUAUGAAGGUUGUACUUUGGAAGCUAGAAAA